AUGACGGGACAAAAUGAUAAGAUCGUGCUUGCCGCUUUUGGAGGACCCUCUUCAAGUGGGAAAACAACAGUUGCACAAACCUUAAAAGCUCUACUUCCUGAUGUGACAUUAAUCCAUUUGGACGAUUUCUACCUCACUGAUUCACAAAUACCCAUCGAUGAGGCAACUGGAUACCAAAAUUGGGAUUGUCCGGAGGCAAUUGAUUUUGUAAAGUUUACUACCUACAUCCUGAAUAUAAAGUCGGGGAAGGAGCAAGCUCCCAUAGAGUCCAUCCAAUCAAACGACUUGAACUUAAAAUUGGAGGCGAAUGAAAAGAAGGCAAUACUCGAUAAAAUAGGUCAGAAUGACAGAAAAUUCAAAGGAAAGCAAUUGGUAUUUAUUGACGGAUUUAUGUUAUUUCAUAACCCAGAAAUUAUCAAAUUGUUUGACAUUGAGCUUCUUUUCCAUGCAUCAUUGGGCACUUUGAAAAAGAGGCGAGAAUCAAGAGGUGGCUACAAUACAGUUGAAGGAUUCUGGGUAGAUCCACCCGACUACUUUGAAAAGAUUGUUUGGCCGGCGUUUUUAAAGUCACACAAGUAUUUAUUUGUUGAUGAAAACGUGGAUAACAAAUUGAAACCAGAAGUUUUAAAACGAUUCAACAUCUACGAUAUUAAUAACGAUGAUGAUUCUACUCUACUGGAAUUAAUUCAGAAAUCACUUGAUAUUAUUAUAGACAACUUAUAG